CACGGAGCCCCCCAGGCGCCCCCCACAGAGGCGCUUCUAAGCUGUGCCCCUUUCCCUGCCCUCCCAUGAGGCAACCCUGGCUGGCUUCUCCCCCAGGGCCAUGCCAGGCCAGAGGACAGAGAGCCACUCCCCAGCCUGCACAGGCCUGGCCUCUGGGACAGGAGGGAGCUCUUGCCUAAGUUUUCCAGGUCUCCACGACGCAGGGCUGGGCCAAGAUGUUUUCUCAGGGGACACCCUUAGGACGCCACCCAAGGGACUCUCCGACCUUCCUGGGCCCCUAUAGCUCAGGGAUACGGCGGAGCGGGGGCGGUUGCCUGGCUGGCGGGUCUGGGUUCCGUGAAGGUUGCCUGGCCAUAGCUCUUGGGCGGUGGAGGGGUCAGUGGUGCUUGUCCGGCGGUCCCCCGGGGGCCGCUAGUAAGGGACGGAACAGAGCCACCAAGGACGCUAGUGGGGAGCAACCUCCCACUAGGUCUCCUACCCAGCGCCUCGAGGCUGCUCAGACGGCGGUGGGCGCCCUCACUGGCGGGGCUCCUGGCUCCUCUUCUGCACAGGUAGGCCUGACCCAGCUCUGCUCUCACAGGGCCUGGGACGCCCGUGUGGUGGAUCUGAAAACGGACAACCAGCUCCUGGGGCUGCUAGCGGCACCAAGCCUUGCCGCUGCCACGUGGGAGAAAUGGCAAGGCUCCGAGGCGCAGGCAGGGACGGAGGACACCCUGGGCCAUGUUCCAAGUCCCAGGUGGGAUCCUGAGCUGGACCGUGAUGACCUGUACCACCCAGCGCCCGAGGAGGCCAGGGAGGCCCAGGAUGAGGCAGGGCUCUGGCCCUGGGCACUGUCACUUCCCCAGGUGCUUCAAGGGCCAGAGGAGGACCGAGACCACAUCUACCACCCCAGGGAGGAUUCUGGGGGGCCCUGACCCCUCCCCAACUGGAAAAAUAAACCUCAUAGGGGUGGAGGCCACAUGUGUCCUCAGCAACAGUGACCGUGGUCCUAGCCUGCUCUGUCGGGGACAAGGAAAGGCCUGUGUCCUCCUGGUGCACAGGCUUAUCUCCAAAGACUAAGAGCCCCCAAGCUCCCCCAACCCAGCGCCCCUGCUCCUGGGAUGAUCGGCUCCCCUCCGGCCUCCUCCCUGGAUGGUGGGGUGGGGCCCGGGGCAUGGCAGAGGUCAGUGCUUGGGACCAGUCAGCGUCCCACAGAUGGGCCCUAAAAAGACAGCAGGAGGGUGCGUCGCUGGGUGCUCAGGUGCACAGGGGCUCAGGUUGGGGGGUGGUGCAGGACUCAGGCCCAGGCUCCUGGUCCUCCCCAUUCUCUGGGUGCUUGUCCAGUGCUGUCUGAGGGGCCGGACCCCAGGGCAUGGCCCAACCUUGCGGCUGCAGGCACGGGCUCACUGGGGCUAUUUGACGCACUGAACCUGGGUCGAGGACGCUGCCUGUGACGAUCACGCCUCUGCCUCAAGAGGGAAGCCUGGAGUGCUCCCCACACCCCGGCCUGAGCCCCUCCACUGGUUAGGACAAACAGAGCUCCAGGCAGAGGCCAUCCAGGGCUCAAUUUUGAGGCAUGCGGCUGCUCCGGGGACUGCGGUCUGGUCUGGGGUGACCUCAUGCGCCCUGGAAUUCCAUGUCCUGUCGUGGGUCCCCUCUGAGCACCUGGAUGGCAGCCCACGCCCCAGGGCUCUCCCUAGUGGCUCAUGUGCUCGCCACUUGGCACUGUGCCAGCAGGCCAGGUCAUCUUCAUGUCAUCGCUGAAGGGACCCCAGACUGGACCGUGACCUGCCCGUGGUCCUGCCCUAAAGCGGCAGGGUGGGCCCCAGCCUCCUCACUGCACCUGGCACCCGCUCUUGCCCCCGAUCUGGGGAGCCAGGUGCCUGGGGAGGCCCCAGAUUGCAUCCCGCAUGGCACGCACGGGGGUUAGCAGGCCCGUAGGUCGUUCCCCCUGCCCCGUCAGGUCAAGGGUGGCCAUCUCGAAGCAAUUUGGGGGUGCCCAGCUCAGAUCCAAGGUCAGUCAGUGGUGACCUUGGCCCUGGGCAGACCAGGGCGGCUUGUAGCCCAGUCUCUCUCUGGAGCCAGGACUCCCCAAGGGCAUUUCCUCCAGCCCAAGGGCUGCGAGUGCCUGGGGAGGCGGGGUGAGCUGGGGAUUCGCAGCUGGGCCGUUGGGGUGUGCGAGCCUUGUGGGCAGGAGGACACCGGCAGCGGCCAGAGGCUCUUCCGUGUAGA